UUGUCAAAAAACGGAUCUUCAAUGAGAGUCGACUCCUAAAACGUAGUUGUAAAAGAGCCGACUCAAUGAACCGACUCAGAGAGUUGAAUUUUUCGCCAACGACACAUCACUUACCGCAGCAGCAGCUCAGCUCGGCGCUUCAGUCAGACCGAGCAUGGCGAAACUUAAAACUACCACACUCCAGCUUUACCGGGGCACUCAGGAUUAAAGCUUAGUAGUUCUACCUCGGAGUUUGGAAUGAAAUCUGGACUCUAUAACCAACCAUAACGGGACUGUAUCCAUUCUGAUGGUGCUGGUAGCUGAGGAACUAACUUGCCUGCGGACAUUUGCUCUGAUCUUACAUUGGCCUCUUUGCACUAGUUGAAAUCCAGCCACUAAAGAGGAUGAUUGAGGACAGAGGAAAAAAAGGGAAGACGAUGGUAGAUAAGGGGCAGAUCUUCGUAGAGAUGAAAGCGGAGAAUUUUGACCUGAUCAGACUCUCAACGUAUCGCACAGCCUGCAAACUGCGAUUUGUCCAGAAGACAUGCAACUUGCACCUGGUGGACGUGUGGAACAUGAUCGAGGCAUUUCGGGACAAUGGACUGAACACGCUGGAUCACAGCACCGAGCUGAGCCCAUCCCGACUAGAGACCAUCGUCUCCUCCAUCUACUACCAGCUCAACAAGCGUCUGCCCACCACCUACCAGAUCGAUGUCAAACAGAGCAUCAGUCUGCUGCUCAACUUCUUGGUGGCAGCACAUGAAAGUGAGGACCAUGGGAACUUGACGGUGUUCUCUAUGAAGGUCAUGCUGGCUAUCAUGUGUGGAGGGAAGAUUGUGGACAAACUGCGCUAUAUUUUCUCUCAGAUCUCUCAUACUAACGGGGCGAUGACGAUCUCCAAGUUUGAUCUUUUCCUGAGGGAGGUGCUUAAACUGCCGUCCGCUGUCUGUGAAGGUCCGUCCUUCGGCUACUCCGAACACCUCGGCCGCUCCUGCUUUCCUCAGCAGAAAAAGGUGAUGUUGAACGCUUUUCUGGACACCAUGAUGGCGGAUCCUCCUCCUCAGUGUCUUGUCUGGCUGCCACUCAUGCAUCGCAUUGCUAACGUUGAGAAUGUCUUGCACCCAGUGAGCUGUUCAUACUGCCGCAGCGAGAGCAUGCUAGGUUUCCGCUAUCGCUGCAAGCAGUGCUUCAACUACCAGCUUUGCCAGACCUGCUUCUGGCGUGGACAUGCCAGUGGAAACCAUAGCAACCAGCACCAGAUGAAGGAGCACUCUUCCUGGAAGUCUUCUGCUAAGAAAAUAAGCCGUGCCAUUAGUAAAUCAUUUGGGUGUGUGCCAAGCCGAGAGCCUCCUCACCCAGUCUUCCCUGAGGACCCAGAAAGACCACUUGACCUCUCAAACAUCGUUCCACCCCGUCCUGUUUUAAACAAUGUGAAUGUCUCAGUAUCACCCACUGCUGGAAGUCCUACAGCCAUCCAGAGGGUGCCGGGUAUAGCCGCUGCUCAACGAAUGAAUGAGGAACACUCGCUGAUUGCAGCUUAUGUUAACAAACUGCAGACCAGCCCACGUGCUUUGGACAGUCCCAGCCGAUUGGAUGAGGAGCACAGGCUAAUUGCUCGAUACACAGCUCGGUUAGCGGCAGAUCCCGGCAACACCAUGUCUCCACAGCUCAGCUUUGACAGUAACAAGCAACAACGGCAGCUAAUAGCAGAACUGGAAAACAAAAACAGGGAGAUCCUGCAGGAGAUCCAGCGACUGCGUGUGGAGCACGAGCAGGCAUGCCAGCCCACUCCGGAGAAAGCUUACCAGAACCCCACUCUACUGGCUGAACUCCGCCAGCUCAGGCAGAGGAAGGAUGAGCUGGAGCAGAGGAUGUCUUCUUUGCAGGAGAGCAGGAGGGAGCUUAUGGUACAGCUAGAGGGUCUGAUGAGCCUACUAAAGGCUCAAGCAGCUGGUUUUCCACAGACUCCUCCCAGCCAUGGUGCGUCUCGCCCAGUCCCAGUGCCUGUUCGAUCUGCAGGUUCCACCCCCACUGGCUUUCCCUCCCCUCACCUGCCCCAGGACUCUCUGGCCGGAGUGGGUGGGGACGUACAGGAGGCUUUUGCUCAUGGGGCGCGUCGAAACCUGCGUAAUGAUCUUCUAGUGGCAGCUGACUCCAUCACUGAUACCAUGUCCUCCUUGGUAAAGGAGCUGCACACUGAUUAAGCCAAAUGUGAAGCUACUAAUGCCAAGUGCAGCUAUUAAAUGGCCAGGACUGCUGUGACUGUUCCACUCGGAAGAAAUGAAACACAUCAUUAACACAUCACUUCAACUGUGAUAACGAUGAAAAUAAUCUGAAGAUGACGAUCUGGCGGUUCCACAUGCUUGUGGCUCCACCAGUCAGAGAAGAGUUUUGGACACGUUGCUCGAUCCAUCCUCAACAGAAGAUUUUAGUUUUAGUUUUGUUUUUAUUUUGCUGCGUGACUGUUUGAUUAAUUAGCUUAGAUUGAUUUUGCUGAUUGAUUUGGGAUUUUAUUUGCUAUUAUUAAUGACUGGUGCAUUGACACAGAUCAGAAAACUACUGAUUAGCUCUAGAAAUGAUCUGUGCAGACUUUGGAUGAAAGAAUUUGACGGUUUGAAGGUUGGUGAUUUUUAAAGAGUGACCUGGUUUUAAUGAAGAAAUAAGGAAGGAAUUGAGAGUAAGGGAAGUGUGUGGACAGAUGUGGACAGAGAAAGUAAAGAAGGUUAAGCAUGGUUGUGUUUGGUUGUGUGUUGAGGUUUUGAAGGUUUGUGUAAAGUGACAGAAGAAAGUAUUUGUUAUUGUAUUACUGCUCUGAUGAGUGAGUACAACUGAAUCAGCUACAGAUCGACUUAUGUGCUUUUAAUUUAUUACUUUCUUGAUGUGUUGUGGUUUUAUUUAUUUUUAAUAGACCGUUUUGAAGCUUCAUCACUGACUUGCUGGUUGGUUAGGUACAUCACGCUGUAUCUACCUGAUUAUUAGGCAUUUAUUAGAUCUGUGUGCUGUGUGUUGGUUUACAGGUACUGACUGUAGCUCUGUUGAAUGUUUUUAUUUUUUUUAAAUAAACAUCGGUGUCCUGUGCAGGUAUCUCGGCUAGCCUGUAAUUACAGCAGCGAAGAGGAACCCUGAUUUAACCUCUGCCCUUUCCACCCUACAGGCUGUGUAGGCACCCGGCAGGUUAAAAGCACAGCUGGGAUUCGAAGUUAAGAUCUUGAGAGCCCAGCGGUGGUGGGCUAGCAUGUUAACCACUGCGCCACCUGAGCGCCCAUUGCAGCGCUUUUUCCAUUUACCUCUCCGGUGGAAAGUGUAUACGGUCACACACUUGCAUGAAUACCACACAGACUAGCAAUAGUAAGGUUGCUGGUUCAAGCCCCACUUUAUCCUGGUUGCCCCAUUGGGCUCUUGAGCCAGGCACUUAGUCCUCAGUUACUUGGAUUGUAAUCAGUCACAACUGUAGGACUCUUGGGUAAAUGUCUGCUAAAUGCCAGAAAUGUGGUGGCGGUCACAUGGUUUCCCUUUCUAUUAAGGGACAGGGUAGUGACGAGUGAUGCACUGUAAAUAACAACAGCUGAACUACAGUCAGUAACUGGAUACCUAAAAUGUGGGCAUAUAUGGUAGCUUUGUGUAUCUAAUAAAAUGCCCUGUGUGUGUGUCUGUGCGUGUGUUUGGUAGACAUAUUAAAUGAACAUUGUAGAGGUGUAACAAUACGCAAAUUUCAUGAUUCGAAACUUAUUGUCUUAUAUACAGGGUAAUGACGUGGUAAUUCUUCAAAUCAAUAAUGUAAAUGCAAUUUUUAGAUUAUAUUUUUUUAUGGUUAACGAUAAUCACCAAGCUCAGAGCUUUACAUCAACAGAGAUCCAGGUUAGAAUCUCAGCUCUGCCAUCUGUCGGCAAGGCACCUGCCGAGACAUGAUUGGCUGAGUCCUCAUAACUGCUGCAGUUGUGACCUCUGCUGGUUGCCUUAAGGCGCCUGCAUUGAGAUCUUGAAUAAUGUAGAGCAGUGUGUUAUUCUCUGGAUGCGAUACAGAUCCCUGUGUGAAGCCACCUCAGACAGGUGAAAAGGAAUAGUUGGCUUCUACACACGUGUGUGUUAGUUACGGCUCUUCUCAGUCAGGGUCGAGGUCUGCAGUGGUGAGGAGUGAUAUAUCCUAGAUUUGUUUUUAUUGUAGUACUGAAGCGCUGCAUAAAAGUAUUGAAACAAUGUAACGUUAGCAUGCGCAUCAUCACACCUCUACAUCUGGGUGCAGGUGUACACUUGUGAGGAGAUAAUGCUUGUUGAUCUUUGUGCUUGGUGUCCAGGCAGAUUAACCUUUGGUUUCUGAUUGUUUUGUCUACAUUCAUACGUCUACAAAUGUAGAAAACUAGCCGUUAGAGGAUCAGGUCAUUGAUUCAGUCCAGGUACAGUCUAUGCUUGAGUGUGUGUGUGUAUAUAUUAAAGCUAUUGAUGAUCAUUUUGUAGACAUCCUAGGUACAGACAUACAGAAGGACAGAGACUGAACUGUGCACGAGUUCUGCACAGAACCGUACCCAUAGUGCCUCAGUGUGUAGUUUUAUUAAGCACUGUUUGUAUACCUGCUGUGGGAUGUAAUUAUGAUGAGUGUGUUUGUAAGUGUGCAUGUUUGUGUUUAUACACACACACACACUCACUGUGCACUUUAUUAGGUACACCUCUCUACUAAGUACAUUAAUUCGUUCAUUAUUUUAUAAGCUACAGCUACCAUACAGAUGAACUAUGUGGGUAUACAAUUACUGACCGGACCCUUGCAGUACACUUCCCCACCCCACUGUAUUUUAUUUUUCAAUGGAACAGAACCCCCAUAGGACUCCCACUGACCAGCUGAUGUUUUGGUGGUGAAUUAUUCUCAGCACUGUGCUGAUAUUAAUGUUGUAAGAACAUGGUAAUUUAUAUAUUGUUCUGGUAUGGGUGUAGCAGGUGGACAGUUAAAGCCAAAGUGUGUGUGUCUUUAUAUCUUAGGUUUGGCUGCUUUUCUUCUUCCAGCUUUGACCUUAAGGUGUUUAUAAAUCACAACAACACUGCUGCACCUGAUGCACUGAAACCUCACCAACACUCACUACCAUGUUAUUACCAUAUUAGUGUUCAGUGGGAGUCCCUUUUUGAUUAAUACAUUGGGUGCAAAGUGUACAGAGUAACAGAUGGGCCACAGGUUGUAACUGUAUUUGCACAAAGUGUAGCUUAAUAGUAGAAGUGUUUCCUAAUGAAAUGCUCGGUGAGUCUGUGUGAUUGCUGAUUGCUGAAUUAACACCAUAAUGAAGCUGCCUUCUCUUUACCAGUGACCCAGGGGGAUUGUGGGGAAUUUUCUUUUCUUCCCCCAUUACAGAGUUUCCUGCUCUUUGAGAAAAUAAUUGUGCCAAAAUGACUCAUUAGAUUUCGGUUUUCCUGUGUUUGUACUCUUCGCCCUUUAAAGGUUUCUAGGUUUUUUAAAGGAGCUGCUGGUCAAAAAACAUUACAGCAUUAAACACACUCAGUUCUCCAGUCUGAUCAUUCAACUCUACACAAACAAUGGCUGUUUUGGAGAAUCUAAACCCUUAGUAACUGUCAACAUCAAAGAUUGUGGGAGUCCAGACUGUUAGUCAGUGGAAAAAUGUUCUCAAAAUGAAGUAUGCAUAACCAUAACCAUGUUUUUGAAGUUUGAAAAGACAUUUGAAACUCCUUAGAGGUAGGAUUGAACUUUCUGUGUGGCACCAAAUCGUCCAGCUUUGCCACAGGAGUUUCUUUAUGGGUUUAAAAAAAAUAUGAAUAGGAAGUGGAAGAAAUCCAGAGUACCUAAAUGAAACCCAGACACAGGGAGAACAUACAAAACAACCCACAAACAUCAUCCUAGAAAUACGGAUCAAACCCAGGUCAUGUUGUGCUGUUCCCACUUCACCACUCUGCUUUUAAUUUUGCAGUUUUGGGUGAACUGAUUAAAUUCUACAUUUAGACUGGAGAUUGUGUAGUGUGUGUGUGUGGCGGGUCGGGUCAGGUCAGGGACUCAUUUUACUCCAGUGUCAUUACCGCUGUUUCAUGUUAGUAAAAGCUGAAGAAGUUAAAGAUGUUUCUGAUGUGCACAAACGCUGUUGUGUUGAAUCAAUAAUAAAGUUUAUUUUUUAAAGAAA